AUGUCACAACUACGUUCGUCAACAUCUUCAAUACCUUCUGACCUUCGGGUUGAUUUAAGUGAAAUAGUGGAAGAUCUACUAGCCUUUCACUAUGAUGAUAUCUGCUCUUCGUUGUCGGAUAACUCUGGUUUCUCUGGUCUUAAUAGUUCUACUAGCACAUUGGCAACCAGUGGAUCAAAUACUGCUGAUCUGGUUCGUCGAAUUAGCCGAAUGCGUUCGAAUAUACAACGUGCUCAAGAAGCAGCCCGCAAACUUAGUACCUGUGAUCUGGAUGUCCCUGCUCAAGAAAAACUACUGCUUGCUGUUGCGAAUUCUUGUGUUACCAAACGCCACUUAACUUGUUUGUUAAAAACAGAGCUUGACAAGCUAUCUGCUAAGGACUCUGACUGUUACUUUGAGUAG